CCCCUCCCCCUGACAUCAGAGGAGGCAGAGGCGCUCCUUCGCCCCGGUCCAAACUCCACUUACAAAGCCCGACAUUAUAUCUGUCAGAGAGGAGACCUGCAUGGACAAAACCGGGACUAAUACCCAUCUUUUCGGGCGAUUUACGGCGAUGUGGGAUUCCAGAGGCUUAACGCACCUCCAAUUACCAAAGAAGGGGCUAUUAAGCUCAAUUAUUUGUUAGGUAAAGAGUGGGAAAGCAGAAGGGGUGUGCAUGUUACUCGGCGGGCUUCAUUUCCUCGGUGCUGCACAGCAGGAGCUGGAUGACAUGAUGCUGCAGAGCCCGCUCACCUCCACGCCGUUUUCUGUCAAGGAUAUCCUCAAGCUGGAGCAGCAGCAGCAGCAGUCCGGAGCCCUGGAGCUCCAGCACCGGCCGCACACUCAGCAGCAGCUGGCCGGCUCUCCUCCCCAGCAGCACUUCCAAACCCCGCCGUCCUGCAUGCUCGCCGGGGCCCGGGACAGUCCCUCCUUCUCGGACGGAGAGGACAACCUGGCGUACCUCAGCGCGCUGGCGGUGCGGGAGGAGGACCGCGGGGAGACCAGCCUGUCCCCGGACAUGUACGUGCAUCCCGGGCUGCAGGGAGCCAAGCUGGAAGCCGCCGAGCUGGAGGAGCAGGAGAGCAAGAGCUGCGGGCACGUGUCCCGGGAGGAGGCGGUGGAAGGCGGGCAGGGCGACUCGGAGCGGCCGGUGCAGAAGCAGAGGAGCCGGCGGAGGCCCCGGGUGCUCUUCUCCCAGGCGCAGGUCUUCGAGCUGGAGCGGCGCUUCAAGCAGCAGCGCUACCUGUCCGCCCCUGAGCGCGAGCACCUGGCGACCACCCUCAAACUCACCUCGAACCAGGUGAAGAUCUGGUUCCAGAACCGCCGCUACAAGUGCAAACGGCAGCGGCAGGACAAGUCCCUGGAGGCGGCGGGGCAGCACCACCCUCCCCCGCCUCGGCGCGUCGCCGUGCCGGUGCUGGUCCGCGAUGGGAAGCCGUGUCUGGGCGGCGCGCAGAGCUACGCGGCCGCCGCUCCGUACGGCUCCAACCCGUACAGUUAUAACGGAUACCAAGCCUACACAUACAACAGCCCCGCGUACAACUCCAACUACAGCUGCACGUACACCAGCAUCCCCGCCCUGCCUCCGUCCAGCACCUCCAACGCCUUCAUGAGCAUGAACUUGGGGAACGUGAGCGGCCUCGGCGGCUCCCCACAGGCCCAAACACACCAAGGGACAGCGGUCACAUCCUGCCAGGGCUCCCUGCAGGGGAUCCGGGCCUGGUAGCCUCCCUCACCACCACAGAACUAGUCUCUCUCUCUCUCUCUCUCUCUCUCUCUCUCUCUCUCUCUCUCUCUCUCUCUGUUUUUUUUUUUUAAUGGAGCUCUUUUUAUUUGGGUCGACCCACAGCCGUAUAGAACUGUGUGUGUUAACUCGGUCCAAACGCCCCAGAACAGUAUUUUCUUCAGCUGCAGUUUCACUCACACUUCCGGUUCUUCAGGUGCAUCAGAGCCGGUGUUAGCGUGCGUAAAGGCCGCAUGACAUCCGAACAGUGACAGGGCGACACUUCACUGUUGGUGCUCCAGUUCGGCACCGGUGGGACUGAAGCGCGGAGGAGAAAAUGGCGCGCAGAGUUUUGACUCAUUUCUCCAAAUCUGAACUCGAUUUUUUUUUUUUUUUUUUUUUAAGUGUUUGUUUUUAACCUGGUAUAUUUUUAGACUGUGGAGAGAUUUGAAUUGCUUUAAAUUGUUUUUGGUUCAACAGAGAAUUGUUUUAGUCUAUUUCACAUCUAUUCAAAUAAAUCAGAGAAAUGAGAAAAGGUGCGUUUGAUUCUGUAUCCGAGAAAACAAAACAAACAACAAACAACAAACAACAAACAACAAACAGUUCUCUACGGUUUGUUUUUUCUUUUUCUUUUUUCGAUGUUAAACGUUCAGUACUGGAAAUAUCUAAUGUACACUGAAACAGUAUUUCCCCUAUAUAAUGAAAAGAAAGAGUAAUUAUGAUUAGUAUAGCCCCGUUUUGCUCCCACUGUGCCCAUAAAAUGAAUCAGAUGCACGGAGGCAAAUUUCUGCUCAUGAACAUAUCGAGGUGGGAGCUGCUGGAAGAGGCCGGGGCCACAGGAACUCUUUGUCCCGGUGCCAGGCGACGUGAAAGGAGGAAGUUAUUCUCCAUUUGAGGUCCUUUAAAGGACGCGAUUAAGCACCUAAAAGAGCGAGCUGCAGCCGGGCCGAGGCGCGGGGAAUAAUGGCUCUUAUUGGAUUGUCGGACAAAAGGUGUGUGGUAGGCAGAGCCGGGCACUCAGCAAAGACAAAAGCGCACAGGGGCCGCGAGAUUGACGUCCUAAUAUUCCCAUUUGAAGGACAGGCAGCGGGUUAUUCUGCGCGGAGAAGGGGACACGGAGGAAAAAUGUGGUCACUUUUGUUCCCCUUCAGGAGGCUUUUUUUGUUCCCGGAGAAAAGCUCUCCGAGUUCCCCCCCCCGCCACCACCGCCACCUCCAUCACCACCACCAGCCGCGAGGCUUCGGGGGCAGCCGGGCUGGAAGGUGAUGGCAGCGGGGAGGCGUUUGUGUGAAAGAAGGGGGUAUUAUUGCUACAAGUUUCACCAUUUAUCCUGAUGAGGGAAAUGGACGGGAGAAUUGUAAGAGGGGGAGA